AAGAUUCUAAUUUUCAAAAACUGAAAGUGUUCUUUAUUCCUAAAUGCCGAAUAGUUCCCACUCCAUAUAUCAGCAAGUCACACAUUUAAGACUGAAUAAAACAAUAAAACAGACUAACACAAUUUUUGAAUUAGGCUCCGAUCACAAAUUAGAAUUAAAAGCAUUGAACUCACAGAACGUCAAGUUUUUGUAGGCUAGUGUACUUAAUUUAUGCUCAAGUGUGGGCCCACUUGAGAGCUGUUCAAGUGGGCAGUUGUAAAAAAUUAGAUUGGGCAGCUAUUCAAAAUCUGGCAGACGAAAGACUAUAUAAGCCUGGCAUCACAGUGCCGUUUCACAUUUCACAAGAAGAUGCCAAAAACGUGGCCGAUCUACCUGUUGCUGUCCUUACUGUUCGCGUUUGGUACGCGAACGAUCAAGGCUCGCCAAGUGCGGAAAUGUAGCCUGGCCCGACAGCUUUAUCGGAAUGGGGUGCCGUAUAGCGAGCUGGCCGAUUGGCUUUGCCUAGUCGAGGGCGAGAGCUCGUUCAACACGAAAGCUAUCAAUACAGCCAAUGUGGAUAAUUCCGUCGACUGGGGACUGUUUCAGAUCAACGAUCGGUACUGGUGCAAGCCGUCGGAUGGCAGACCAUCCACAGAUUUGUGUCGUUUACCCUGCCGGCUAUUACUAAGCGAUGACAUUAGAUAUUCUAUUGCCUGUGCGAAAUAUAUCAGGCAACAGCAGGGAUUCUCCGCAUGGGUGGCUUGGAACAAUCGCUGUCAAGGUCCAAAACGGAGUGUUAAUCGUUGCUUUCAACGAAGGCGUAGGUAUUUUGGUUAAAAUCAUAUGGCAAUUAAAUGUGAUAUAAAAUUAAAUGCUAAAUAAAAUCAA